AUGAUUAAUGCUGAUGCUGAUGUUUUGUUUUUUUGCAGAAGCAAAAGAGACCGAUCUCAUUCAAGAGACCACGAAAAAAGAAGUAAGAGGGACAGGGAUAAGCACGACAAAAGAAGUAGAAACAGUCGAAGUAGACACAGUCGGGAUAAAGACAGGCACAGUAGUAGGGAAAGAGAUAGGGAUCGUCACAGUCGCGAAAGGGAUCGUCACAGUAGUAGGGAAAGAGAUAGGAAUCGUCACAGCAGGGAUCGGGAUCGUUACAGCAAGGAUAGAGAUCGACGGAGCAGAGACAGGGAUAGACACAGUCGGGAAAGGGAUCGUUACAGCAGAGAAAGAGACAGGUACAGGAGUCGAAGGAGAUCGAUUUCGCCCAACAAUUUAGCUCCACAUUUGUUAAAUAAUGAAUAUGCUUAUAAAAAAUAUGCUUCGUACAGGAAAUCUCCAACUUUUAGCAAAUUACCAAUCGAUGACCUCACGCCAGAGGAAAGAGAUCAAAGAACGGUUUUUUGCAUGCAGUUGUCUCAAAGGAUUCGUGGUAGGGAUUUAGAAGAAUUUUUCAGUUCGGUAGGAAAAGUUCGUGACGUCAAAUUAAUCACGUGUAACAAAACGAGGAGAUUCAAAGGAAUCGCCUACGUGGAAUUUAAAGACCCGGAAUCCGUUCCAUUGGCUAUGGGAUUAACCGGUCAAAAACUUUUGGGGAUUCCGAUUUCAGUACAACCCACUCAAGCAGAAAAAAACAGGCAAGGAAAUUCUACGGCACCCAUGAUGAUGCCUUCAGACAUGAGGGGACCCAUGAGAUUAUACGUCGGAUCCCUUCAUUUUAACAUAACCGAAGACAUGUUGAGAGGCAUAUUCGAACCUUUUGGAAAAAUCGAUAGCAUUCAAUUAAUUAUGGAUCCGGAAACGGGACGUUCGAAAGGAUAUGGUUUUAUAACAUUCCACAGUGCCGACGAUGCUAAAAAGGCUUUAGAACAAUUAAACGGUUUCGAAUUAGCCGGAAGACCAAUGAAAGUCGGAAACGUUCAAGAAAGAACGGACAACAUUGCUGGAACGUCCAUACUCGACACGGAUGAAUUGGAUAGAUCGGGAAUCGAUUUAGGAGCCACCGGAAGGCUACAAUUAAUGUACAAAUUAGCUGAAGGAACAGGAAUGCAAAUCCCUCCAGCAGCGGCAACUGCCUUAAAUUUAGCAAACGCUUUACCUCAAGCUGUUCAACCCGCACCUCCGAUAGCGACACAAUGUUUCAUGUUAGCCAACAUGUUCGAUCCGGCCACGGAAACGAAUCCGACGUGGGACGUUGAAAUCCGUGAUGACGUAAUCGAAGAGUGCAAUAAACAUGGCGGAGUUUUGCACGUUUACGUCGAUAAAACAUCGAACGGUAACGUGUACGUUAAAUGUCCGACAAUCGCGACGGCCGUCGCAUCCGUUAAUUCACUUCACGGUCGUUGGUUCGCCGGUAGAAUAAUAACAGCCGCUUAUGUACCACUUUUAAAUUACCACAGUCAUUUUCCGGAUGCAUUGACGGCCAUGCAACUCCUCAUGCCGACGAUCCCGAGAAAAACACGAGAUUCCAUGGAUAAGCCGGAAGGGAUAAUUGUUGAGUCCUACUGGAAAAAUAUUAAUCAAAGUGAGGUCUUAUGUCGCUUACGGAUUCGAAAGAUACAUCAGGUUCAACUUGAGGAAGGAGCUUGUGGUACGCAACACCUUUCCAGUCCGACCAAAUGGAUCCAGGUACAUUUUGAUGGAAAAUCCAAGGUUCGUCGUCCAGUGGCAAGACUCUAA